AUGGCGCUCACAUCAUCACAGGUCCUCUUUCUCUGCGCUGUCGGCAUCAUUUUGCUGGCAAGACCUGCUCACGCUUUUGGUGCGGGCAAUAUUGGAUCCACAUCGAAAAUUGAGGGGCAAAACUGGCGACACGGUGAUCUUGAAGACACCUUGCUGACCAUUGUGGCCUCCCGCGCCAUGGGCGGUAAGAAGUUCAGCAAGCUUGAUGUGAAGAGAGUUUAUUUCGGUAAUUGGCUGCGCGAUUACAGUCAGGCAGUCGAUGUCGGCACUGUCAAAUAUGUCAGCGCAGAAGCCAUCCGUAUCUUGCUUUGGGUACUGGGAUUCAUGUCUUUCGGAUAUGGCUCGGGCGAGUUCGAAGUCACCAGUCAGAGGCUCGGGUGUUACCGACCUGAGGAACAUAUCGAUAACCCUAAGGAUUAUGCAGACAACGAAGACGCCAGGCGGUAUGAUCGUCGCCUUCGCGGUCCCGUUGACGAACGCCGGGAGCUCUCCGUCAAUCCACAGACCGGGUUGAAGAAUUACAUUGCGUCUGAAGGCAUGGGGAUUGAGACAUCUGCUGGCCUGGUGAAGAGACUCUUCGGUAGGAGCAUCGAACUCGGUCGACAAUAUUCACGAAGCAAGAAUAAGAAGGAUCUCUACGAAGCACUCCGACUGCUCGGUACCGGAUCUCACUGCUUGGAGGAUUACGCGGCGCACUCCAACUAUGUCGAACUUGCUCUGAUCGAAAUGGGUGAAGGUGACGUCUUUCCUCAUGUCGGCCGCCGCACUGCUAUUCAACUCCGCGAGGCACGUCACCCAGUCUACCCAAUUGUCACGGGUACGUUCGGCGGUGUCGACUUCCUCCAUUCCGUCUGUGGCGAAUUCGACGACAAGACAACGCAAUCCGAAAUUCAAGAACUGGACAACACCUUGCAGCAGUACCAAAACGGCAACCAGGACAACAGCAUCCUGCAAGAUCUCCUCAAUAAAUUGCCUUCGGGAGUGUUCGGUGGAAAAGACCAGGCGGGAAAAGCAAAUGAAUUGAAACAAAACGCUCUGAACCAUCAAAUGCAGAACGCCAGCAUCACGCCUCGUCAACCGGAGCAAUGGACCCGCUACCUUGACGACGUACAGAAGCAAAUCUACCCGAUCAUCGAAUGGCACGACGAAAUCAUGCAAUCUAUCACCGAAACGAUUGAAAAGAUCCCAAUCCUGCCUGACCUGAUUGAGCAAAUCCAAGACGAGAUCAAUAAAUUUGUGUUCAGCCUACUAGCUCCUUUCAUCGUACCUAUCAUCAAUCAAGUCAAGACCGAGCUCAACACAGGCUCCAACGAGAUCAUCCAAUCCAGCGUUGCUCAGCAACACAUUGUCUUCAACGACGACAAUUCCUCGGACCCAACUCACUCUAUGCUCUCAAAAGACCACUUCUCCAACGUCCUCAACGAAGCCGCGGGAAAAGUGGCCCGUCAAAUAGUGAAAUGGGUGGUUCCACAGAUUGUCGCCUGCUGGGACGAUGAGCGAAUCGAUGUUGAACGCACCCUGAACCGCAUCAUCCACGGCGUCCUUCAUCACCCUGCCUUGCGUGACUACGGGCAAGAUGGCGCUAGCGACGGGCGUCGUCUCAUGUUCGGCGUCGUUGAGGAAUGGUGGCGCGGCAAAUCCGCCCCUGAAAAGGAUGGGCUACGUGAACAACUCAGCCGACGCGGCGUGGAGACUGGCAGAAACCACAAGCCGGGGGUUACGGACCACGGACACGGAAACAACCGUCCUCUCGGCAUGGCUAAUCUCAACUUCAACACAAACCAGCCGUCCGGUAUUGCAGGUGGUGCUCUCGGUGCCAUCAGUUCUGUCUUGGGUGGAGAUCAGAGCGGUGGUGGCCGACCACCUAAUGUUUCCAGAACAGGCGACCAGCUCGGCAAGAUGGCCGGCGCAGCAGUGGGUGGGGGCGUCCUGGGCUCUCUGGUAGGCGGCAUCACGAGUCAAAUCGGUGGUGAUAUCCUCGGCGGCGGACUCAACCAGGGUCAAGAAACCUAUAAGCGCGACUCGUAUAGUCGUCAAGACGGGUCCCGUACAGAGACUGUGACGCAGCUCGGCCAUUCGCCUUCGGGAGACAGGUACGGUCAAGCGCAGUAUUCGAGGACCACCGAGCCCAGCGGUGAGAAGCGGCAUGAAGAGUAUAAUCGAUUUGAGCAGCGCGAGACCGUUAGCGGAGGGUGGCAGAGCGAGAUUCAUCAUCAAGAGCGGACCAGCGAGGGAAGAUAUCAGGAGGAAACGAGGUAUGUUUUUAAGAAAAGAGAGAAAAAAAUAGCUUUGCUAAAGCUGGGAAAAGAAGAGAAUGGGCCAAGCGGACUAACGUGCUAUCUACGCAGACGCUACGGCGACAAUGAUGAUGAUAGCCCCUACGGCGAACGUCGUCCAGAGCAUCAUCAUCAUGGAUCUCACCACCGACACGGACAUGAUGAUGAUGAUGACGAUGACCGUAAUCGCUACGAGCAGCGCCGUGACCGUGACGAGGAGCCAUCCUCUGCCGACAGCUACGGCAGCAGCGGCAGACGCCAACAGUACGAACCGCAAAGCUCCGGGUACAGCGGCGGCUCGGAGGGCUACGGGCGCCGCGAGGAACGCGAAUAUAGUCGACGAACUGACAAUGACAGUAAUGAGUACGGGUCAGGAUACGGACGCCAGGAGCAGCGCCGUGAAGAUUAUUCCUCCGGCGGCGGAGACGGGUAUGGUCGGCGGCAAGAAGAGUCGAGGUACGAGUCCAGCGGCUAUGGUCGGCGCGAAGAAGAACCUUCAGGCUAUGGCGGCGGCGGAUAUGGUCGUCAACAACAAGAGGGAUCUUCCUACGACGUCCCCGGCGGCUUCGGCAGUUCUCGACAAGACGAAUACUCGUCCUACAGUGGCGGCGGUCGUGGCGAUGAAUACGGUGGUGGAGGUGGAGACGACGGCGGCUUCGGAGGGCGACGAGAUGAGUACGGCGAGAGUGAAGGCUAUGGUGGGGAAGGUCGGCGUCGAUACGGUGAUGACGGAGGCGACAACGACGGAUACGGAGGUGGAUACGGCAGCUCGCGAUACUGA